AUGGCUAGCCCCGCGCUUGCGAAACCGGACCCUACCCCCGCAUGGAAGAAAAACCUGUCCGCCCACCUUCUCUGCCCUGAAUGCAAGGAAGAUCCCCCAAAUCUUGAGUUUCCGGACUCCCACGAGACAGUAUGCGGCUCUUGCGGUCUUGUCCUUGCGGAUCGUGAGAUCGACUUGCACUCCGAAUGGCGUACUUUCUCUAACGAUGACCAAAAUAACGAUGACCCUUCCCGUGUUGGAGAUGCAUCAAAUCCACUGUUGAACGGAGCACAGUUGGAGACAUCCAUCGCCAGCGGAGGAUCGGGCCGCGCGCGCGACCUUUAUCGCGCUCAGAACAAGCAGUCGGGCGAGAAGGCCAACAAACAACUUCUGGCCGCCUACAAGGAGAUCGGUGCCCUGUGUGAUGGUUUCAACAUCCAGAAGACUGUCGCCGACACCGCCAAGUAUCUCUUCAAGAUGGUUGACGAUGCCAAGGCCUUCAAAGGAAAAUCGCAGGAAGUGAUCAUUGCCGGAUGUAUCUUCAUCGCAUGCCGCCAGUGCAAGGUCCCGCGCACAUUCACUGAGAUUUUCGCUGUGACCAAGGUCACCCGCAAAGAAAUCGGUCGCAUUUACAAGGCUCUGGAGAAGUUCUUCACCACUCAAAAUGUCGAACGUCACAAUGCCGCCCUGGAGAAUGGCGAAACUCACGACUCGGCUGGUGAUUACAACGCAACCACUUCCACCAAGCCUAGUGACCUUUGCAACCGUUUCUGCAACCUUCUCGAUCUUCCUUUCCAAGUUACCAGCGUCUCCGUUUCACUGUCGGAUCGUGUUACUGCCAUGGGCGACUUGGCUGGACGAUCUCCCCUGUCUAUCGUGGCCGCUUGUAUCUACAUGGCCUCGGCUCUCAUGGGCAACGCCAAGUCCGCAAAGGAGAUUUCCCUGGUCGCGCACGUCAGCGACGGCACCAUUCGUGGCGCAUACAAGCAGCUGUACGCCGAGCGUGAACGUCUCAUUGAUCCUGAAUGGAUCAAGGGCGGAAAGGGUGACAUGGCCAAGCUGCCUGUCAGCUAA